UUCUGUGGGGAGGUGCGUCGUCUCUGCCACGCUGAGAGGAGGAAGGACUUUGUCUCCGAGGCCUAUCUCCUGACCCUGGGGAAGUUCAUCAACAUGUUCGCUGUGCUGGAUGAACUCAAGAACAUGAAGUGUAGCGUCAAGAACGACCACUCUGCCUACAAACGAGCUGCCCAGUUCCUCAGGAAAAUGUCAGAACCCUCAUCCAUCCAGGAAUCUCAGAACCUCUCCAUGUUUUUGGCCAACCACAACAAGAUCACUCAGUCUCUGCAGCAGCAGUUGGAGGUGAUUAACGGCCACGAUGAGCUGCUGGCUGACAUAGUCAACCUGUGUGUUGAUUACUAUGAGAACAGGAUGUACCUGACCCCCAACGAGAAACACAUGCUGCUCAAGGUGAUGGGGUUUGGUCUGUACCUGAUGGAUGGCAGUAACAGCAACAUCUACAAAAUGGACGCCAAGAAGAGGAUCAACCUGAUCAAGAUUGACAAGUUCUUCAAGCAACUGCAGGUGGUGCCUCUGUUUGGUGACAUGCAGAUUGAGCUGUCCAGGUACAUCAAGACCAGCGCACACUUUGAAGAGAACAAGAACCGGUGGUCAUGUACCUCAACAGGCAGCAGUCCUCAGUAUAAUAUCUGUGAGCAGAUGGUUCAGAUCAGGGAAGACCACAUGAGGUUCAUCUCUGAGUUGGCUCGCUACAGUAACAGUGAGGUGGUGACGGGGUCCGGUCGUCAGGAGGCCCACAAGACAGACCAUGAGUACAGGAAGCUGUUUGACUUGGCUCUGCAGGGGAUGCAGCUACUGUCCCAGUGGAGCGCACACGUCAUGGAAGUGUACUCGUGGAAGCUGGUUCAUCCAACGGAUAAGUACUCGAACAAGGAGUGUCCUGACAACGCGGAGGAGUAUGAACGAGCUACACGAUACAACUACACCAUUGAGGAGAAGUUUGCCCUUGUCGAGGUGAUGGCCAUGAUAAAGGGUUUACAGGUCCUGAUGGGCCGUAUGGAGUCGGUGUUUAACCACGCUAUCCGCCACACCAUCUACUCGGCCCUGCAGGACUUCGCCCAGCUCACCCUGAGAGACCCGCUACGGCAGGCCAUCAAGAAGAAGAAGAGCGUGGUGCAGAGUGUCCUGCAGGCCAUCAGGAAGACCAUCUGUGAUUGGGAGACAGGGCGUGAGCCCCACAAUGACCCUGCCCUGCGAGGAGAGAAAGACCCCAAGGGAGGCUUUGACAUCAAGGUCCCCCGCCGUGCCGUCGGCCCCUCCAGCACACAGCUGUACAUGGUUCGUACCAUGCUGGAGUCUCUGAUAGCUGAUAAAAGUGGUUCUAAGAAGACUCUCCGCAGCUGUCUGGAGGGACCCAGCAUCAUGGACAUGGAGAAGUUCCACAGAGAGUCCUUCUUCUAUACUCACAUGCUCAACUUCAGCGAGACCCUACAGCAGUGCUGUGACCUGUCUCAGCUGUGGUUCAGAGAGUUCUUCCUGGAGCUGACCAUGGGUGGCAGGAUCCAGUUCCCCAUCGAGAUGUCCAUGCCCUGGAUCCUCACAGACCACAUUCUGGAGACCAAGGAGGCCUCUAUGAUGGAGUAUGUGCUGUAUCCUCUGGACCUCUAUAAUGACAGUGCCCACUACGCCCUGACCAAGUUCAAGAAGCAGUUCCUCUACGAUGAGAUAGAAGCAGAGGUCAAUCUGUGUUUUGAUCAGUUUGUCUACAAGCUGGCUGAUCAGAUAUUUGCCUACUACAAGAUUCUAGCUGGAAGUCUGUUGCUGGACAAGCGUCUGAGAGCGGACUGUAAGAACCAGGGAGCCAACAUCCCCUGGCCUGCGUCCAACCGCUACGAGACCCUGCUGAAACAACGCCAUGUACAGCUGCUGGGUCGUUCCAUAGACCUGAAUCGUCUGAUCACCCAGAGAGUGUCCGCUGCUCUCUACAAGUCUCUGGAGCUGGCCAUCAACCGCUUCGAGAGCGAGGACCUCACAUCCAUCGUGGAACUAGAAGGUCUGAUGAACAUCAACCGUAUGACCCACAAGUUGCUGUCUAAGUUCCUGACGCUGGACAGUAUGGACGCCAUGUUCCGGGAGGCCAAUCACAAUGUCUCCGCCCCCUAUGGACGCAUCACACUCCAUGUCUUCUGGGAACUCAACUACGAUUUCCUCCCCAACUACUGCUACAACGGAUCUACUAACAGGUUUGUCCGCACGGUCCUGCCCUUCUCUCAGGAGUUCCAGAGGGACAAGCCGCCCAACGCCCAGCCCCAGUACCUGUAUGGGUCAAAGGCUCUCAACCUGGCGUACAGCAGUAUCUUUGGUUUCUACAGACACUUUGUUGGUCCUCCUCACAUCAAGGCCAUGUGUCGUCUGCUGGGGUACCAGGGCAUCGCUGUGGUCAUGGAGGAACUGCUCAAAGUGGUCAAGAGCCUGCUCCAGGGCACCAUCAUGCAGUAUGUGAAGACCCUGAUGGAGGUGAUGCCUAAGAUCUGCCGUCUCCCUCGCCACGAGUACGGCUCGCCGGGGAUCCUGGAGUUUUUCCACCACCAGCUGAAGGACAUAGUAGAGUACGCCGAACUGAAGACUGUCUGCUUCCAGAACCUCAGGGAGGUGGGCAAUGCCCUGCUCUUCUGUCUGCUCAGCGAACAGAGCCUGUCUCAGGAGGAGGUGUGUGAUCUGCUACAUGCCGCACCAUUCCAGAACAUUCUUCCCAGGGUCCAUGUCAAGGAGGGUGAGCGUCUUGAUGCCAAGAUGAAACGUCUGGAGACUAAAUACACAGCCCUGCACCUGGUUCCUCUGAUAGAACGCCUGGGAACCCCACAGCAAAUAGCCAUUACCCGUGAAGGUGACCUGCUGACCAAAGAGCGUCUGUGCUGUGGCCUGUCCAUGUUCGAGGUCAUCCUCACACGUGCCGGUUUCCUGGAAACCCCAUCUGGUACCAUGCCCAGCAACGGCGUGAUGCACGUGGACGAGUGUGUGGAGUUUCACCGGCUGUGGAGCGCCAUGCAGUUUGUUUACUGCAUCCCUGUAGGAGCACACGAGUUCACCGUGGAGCAGUGUUUCGGGGACGGUCUCCACUGGGCUGGCUGUAUGAUCAUCUCCCUACUGGGUCAACAGAGACGCUUUGACAUCCUGGACUUCAGCUAUCACCUGCUGAAGGUGCAGAAACACGAUGGAAAGGAUGAGAUCAUCAAGAGUGUGCCUCUUAAAAAGAUGGUGGACAGAAUCCACAAGUUCCAGGUUCUCAACGAUGAGAUCUACGCCAUUCUGAACAAGUACCUGAAGUCAGGCGAUGGGGAAAACAUGCCAGUGGAGCACGUCCGGUGUUUCCAGCCUCCUAUCCACCAAUCACUGGCCAGCAACUGAGAUUGACCAUCCACUUAUGUAGAACAAAGGAUGCAUCUCAAACGUUUUAUAUAAGUGCACUACCUAGGGAAUAGGGUGCCUUUUUGGAGGCACAUAAGAAAUAUUCUUCCCCCUUUUAAACUAGAUGAUAGGAACACCGUGGACCAUUUUCAGCAAGUUGAAAUCAUGAAAAACAGAAAUAAAUCAUGUUUGAUCUGUAAGUAUUUAUGUUUUUAAGCAGCAGUGGCCCAACUUUCCUUACAUAAUGUUUGUCAGGAUGAUUUUUGUGCCUUAAGUAGUAAUCAAUCGCAAAACUGUGUUUCAUAUAUCUGGAACACUGUAGACCAGGGAAUGAUUUAUUUAAAGGGGUUUGGGGGAUAUCGUUGUAGCCUGUACUCAAUGAAGGGGAAUUGGACAGAGUAGAGUAUAUUUGGUGCUAAAAACCUAUCAAUCUGUAAAGUAACCAAGUUUCUUAAUGAUAAAGCAUUUAUUCACUUUGCCUUUUUGUGUUGGAAUUAUUUUAAUCAUUUUCAUUCAAUAAAUAUGUAACAAAUA